GAGAGAGAGAGAGAUUUUGAGUGCAAUAGCAUACCAAAUCUUUACGGCAAUGGAAUCCUCCACCGGCAAGGACUUCAAGAUCGGCGAGUGCCAAGGCCAGAAGGUGGUCGACGGCGAGGUGAUGCCCCUCGUCCUGCUCCCGCCGGAGCCCGCCAAAGCUGACACCGAGUCCCUUCUCGCAACUCUGAAGAAGAACCCGGAAUGGUUCGAACAGAUGAUCAUCAAGAACAGCGCAGUUCUGCUCCGCGGCUUCGACGUGAAGAACGCCGAGGACUUCAACGAGAUCGUCGAGGCUUGCGGGUGGGAGGACAUGCGCUACUUCGGGCCCGCGCCGAGGACUAACAUCUACAAGCGGGUUUGGACAGCGAACGAGGGCCCGCUGUCGGAGUUCUUAUUCUACCACCAUGAGAUGAUUCUGUUCAAGGAAAACCCCAAGAAGGUGAUAUUGUUUUGCGAAGUGCCACCACCGGAGGGCGGGGAGACACCAUUUGUGCCAAGCUUCCGGGUGACGGAGCGGAUGCUAGAGGAGUUCCCGAAGGAAGUGGAGGAAAUGGAGAAGAAGGGGCUGAUGUACACCUUCACAGCCUCGAGCACGAAUAACACUUCCUCCAUAAUAGGCCGCGGCUGGCGGGAUGCUUUUGGCACCCUUGACCCGGCCCGAAGCCGAGAGAAGGUAUACUCGUAUAUAAGGUUCACAAUUAUUUCCAUGUUCUAUUCGUCAUCGUGA